AUGGCUUGCCUCAUAGUCGAUCCCAAACAACUCACAUGGAAGUUUCCAGAAGCUUCUACCGCUCUGCCGUGUCGGGUUCGACUCGUGGUCCAAGUGGUUAACUAUGUAGACGAAAAGGAGUAUAUACAAGUUUGUCCAAUCCCAGGUAUUGGUAAUAACCGUAACAAUAAUGAAGCGUUCUCCAUUGAUGUUCAUAAUGUGUUGGGUCAAUUGAAACCAGAAUCUGUAUAUGGAGGUGCUAUUAUAGGAAUAGGGGCUUUCUGGGAUGGUAUUGAACUAAAUGUGUUUGAAUGUCAACCAAUAAACGGUCAAGGAUUAGACGCAUCACUAUUGACUAGCAUGUCGGAACUAGAACCAAUAUAG